CUGGGGGCGGAGUCCAAUGAGCGGCAUGGAGGCCAGAGCGUGUAAGCGGGAAGGGGUCGGGGCCAGGCUUGGACCAGGAAGAAAUGGCCCUACCUUGGGGCGGGGCCAAGUCGUGAGGUUGCAGCUUGGGCCCCGGAACGGCAUCUAGAUCAAGGCGAGGGGCAAGGAUGCGGGCUCCGGGUGCGGGUUUGGCCUCCGUGGCCUCGCUGGCGCUGCUGAGGCUGCUGGGGCUCCCGUGGACCUGGAGCACUGUGGCCGCGCUCGGCGUGUACGUGGGCGGCGGCGGCUGGCGCUACCUGCGCAUCGUCUGCAAGACAGCGAGGCGGGACCUCUUCGGCCUCUUCGUGCUGAUCCGCGUGCGCCGCGAGCUCCGCCAGCACCAGCGUGCCGGCCACACCAUCCCACACAUAUUCCAGGCAGUGGCACGACGGCAGCCUGAGCACCUGGCCCUGGUGGACGCAGGCAGCGGCGUGUGCUGGACCUUCGGGCAACUGGACGCCUACUCCAAUGCCGUGGCCAACUUGUUCCUGCAGCUGGGCUUUGCGCCGGGUGAUGUGGUGGCCCUGUUCCUGGAGGGCCGGCCUGAGUUUGUGGGGCUGUGGCUGGGCCUGGCCAAGGCUGGUGUGGAGGCUGCGCUGCUCAACAUCAACCUGCGGUGUGAGCCCUUGGCCUUCUGCCUGGGCACCUCAGGUGCCAAGGCCCUGGUCUUCGGAGGGGAGCUGGCAGCUGCGGUGGCCGAGGUGAGCGGACACUUGGGGAAGAGCCUGCUCAAGUUCUGCUCUGGGGACCUGGAGCCUGAGAGUGUCCUGCCUGCUGACACCCACCUACUGGACCCGCUGCUGCAGGAGGCCUCGACUGUUCCCCUUGAGCACCCCCCUGGCAAGGGCAUGGAUGACCGGCUCUUCUACAUCUACACGUCGGGGACCACGGGGCUGCCCAAGGCUGCCAUUGUCGUGCACAGCAGGUAUUACCGCAUCGCGGCCUUUUGCCACCACGCCUACUGCAUGAAGGCCCAGGAUGUGCUGUAUGACUGCCUGCCCCUGUACCAUUCAGCUGGGAACAUUGUGGGCAUUGGGCAGUGUCUUAUCUAUGGCCUCACUGUUGUCAUCCGCAAGAAGUUCUCGGCCAGCCGCUUCUGGGAUGACUGCGUCAAGUAUAACUGCACGGUGAUCCAGUACAUCGGCGAGAUCUGCCGCUACCUGCUGAAGCAGCCGGUGCGCGAGGCCGAGAAGCGGCACCGCGUGCGCCUGGCGAUUGGCAACGGGCUGCGACCGGCCAUCUGGGAGGAGUUCACGCAGCGCUUCGGCGUGCGCCAGAUCGGCGAGUUCUACGGGGCCACCGAGUGCAACUGCAGCAUCGCCAAUAUGGAUGGCAAGGUCGGCUCCUGCGGCUUCAACAGCCGCAUCCUGCCCAACGUGUACCCCAUACGGCUAGUAAAGGUCAACGAGGAGACGAUGGAGCUGCAGCGUGAUGUCCAGGGUCUGUGUAUCCCGUGCCAGGCCGGUGAGCCCGGCCUCCUCGUGGGUCAGAUCAAUCAGCAGGACCCACUGCGCCGGUUUGAUGGCUACAUGAACGAGAGUGCCACCAACAAAAAGAUCGCCCACAGCGUCUUCCACAAGGGGGACAGUGCCUACCUCUCAGGUGAUGUGCUGGUGAUGGAUGAGCUGGGCUACAUGUACUUCCGAGACCGCAGUGGGGACACCUUCCGCUGGCGCGGCGAGAACGUGUCCACCACUGAGGUGGAAGGUGUGCUGAGCCGCCUGCUAGCCCAGACGGAUGUGGCUGUGUAUGGAGUGGCCGUGCCAGGAGUAGAGGGCAAAGCUGGCAUGGCAGCCAUCGUGGACCCCCACGGCCAGCUGAGCCCCAACGCACUGUACCAGGAGCUGCAGAAGGAGCUGGCACCCUAUGCCAGGCCCAUCUUCCUGCGCCUCCUGCCCCAAAUGGACACCACAGGCACCUUUAAGAUCCAGAAGACGCGGCUGCAGCAUGAGGGCUUCGACCCACGCCAGACCUCUGACCGGCUCUUCUUCCUGGACCUGAAGCAAGGCCACUACCUGCCCCUGGAUGAGGGCAUCUAUGGCCGCAUCUGCUCAGGUGCCUUCUCACUCUGACAGUGCUCCUGGACAGCCCUGCCUGGGCCCCUCCCACACCUGGUCCUGGAUCUCCUCACCACCGUCCACAGCCUGUGUCUCUCCCGGCCUCUCCCUGUCACCUCUCCUCCUCUGCACCCUGCCCUGCCUCCCCUCUCUCCUCCUUGGCUCUUGGCCUCAGUCUCCCUCUGUGUUCAGUCUCCCUUCUUUUGUCCCUCUUUCUCCUCCAUUUUUCCUCCUCUCUCCUUCCUAGAGGAGAAGGAACAUUACCUGGGAGCUGCGUCCUGUGUGGGGCCCAUCUGCCCUCGGGGCCUCUGUGGACCAUCCUGCCUCCCUGUUUGGCCUCCCUGCCUCACCCUGUAGCGUCCCCCCUCCCAGCGCUCCCACACCCCUUUCCCAUGGCCUCCCCUCAUUUCUCCUGUGGCCUCCUUCCAUGGCUCCCCUCCUCCUUCCCAGUGGUGCCUUAAGGAGCCCCAUCCAGGUCAUCCUUGGCUGCAGUUCCAGGAUGAGGCCCUUCUGAACUCCAGGCCAGUCCCACCCACCCCUGCUGAGCAGAGCAGCUAGGGUGGUCUACCCAGCCCACCCAGGUGUGUGUGUUUGUGUGUGUGUGUGUGAGAGAGAGAGAAUGGGGGGAGGGGGGCAUUGGCAGGGGAUCCCAAUGUCAACUGGAAAUCUCGCCCUGGGACCUUUUACAUGUCCCCAUCCCAAGUGUGCCCCUCCUGCUCCGGAAGCUCCCAGAAUGGACUGUGAUUGCCUGGACUUCACCACUGCCCACUGCCCACUACCCACCCUGCUGAGAUGUCCCCAUCAGGCAUCUCCAUGGAGCUCCUGUUUGAGGGCCCAGAAGAUGGUGUGGCUGGUUGCUUGGCAGCCACGGAGGCCUGGUCAUGUGACCACUGAGAUGCGCUCUCUGGUGGAGGCUUCUUAAGUGUCCCCAUUCGGAGUGGCUGCUGAAGGGACCCCUGGGAGUGGGAAAGGCUUCCUGCACCAGGGGUCGAUAUCUGAGAUGACCUCGUGGGCCCCGGGGUUCCCACAGUGGUGACUCCGCGGAUGUCCCCCUUACUUCACUACGGACCACUUGGACCUUAUGUUAGUACUGACAUCCCUUGCAACCCUGAGGACGGCUCGGACACCUCCCAGCCUCGCUGGAGGCUGAUCUCGGACACUCACACCAGCCUCGUCAGGAGCUGACCACCCCGACCCCUGCCAGCCCCACAUGUCAAGACUCUGUUUCGUAGUUGAAUUUAAGAAAUAAACCUGCAGAGCGUGGGCUCCACUGGGAAGCCCGGUCGUUCACGCUGUCCCCACCUGGCACAGGUCCAUUUCUGGGUUCCAGAAGGUACGGGCUGGUGGCUGUCAAGGGGACGCACUUGCCAGACAGGAGCAGAACAGACACUGCUGUUUCCUGCACUGCCUGUUGCCUCUCACCCACCUGCGAGGGCUACUGGGGGACUUCAGGAAGGGGAGUAUGCAGGCUAGGGUUUUCCCCACUCUGCCAACGGUGGGAGCAGCGCCCCAGCAGCCCCUGGGGUCUCAGAAAGCCCCUCAUCUGCCUUGAUGGCCCCAAGGGAGGAAUGCCUAGUCUACCUGUGGGUUCUGGCAGGUGCAGCGGGCUGGCCCAGGACAGAGGUGUGUCCUGAAAUGCCCAGCCACCCCAGAAGGGCACUUCUCUGCGUAUGUGGGUAUCUGGCGUGGUCAUAGCGCUGGGUGAGAAUGGCUGGGCCUGUGAAGGUGGCCGUUCUAACUAGGAUUCAAACCCAGGACAUCUGGCUCCAGAGUUCAUAUGGUCAGCUCCCACCUAUUGCUGCCUCCAUGAUAUGAGAGUUGUCAUAUCCCCCCAUCUCUCCCUGUACACAGGUUCUCCUAUUAUUAACACCUUGCCUUCCUGUGGUAUGUUUGUUCGAUUGAUGUACCAGUCUUCACACAUUAACUUAUGGACUCUAUCAUGACUGUCUCUGUCCCCGCCUCAGGGUAUAGCUAGUGUCAGGGAGACAGGCUGUGACGAUGGAGCAUUUGCUGGGAGGGGGGACCCCGAGGACAGGGGUAAGACGAACAAGGCCUUAGCCAGCCCAGGUGAUGUGCGAAUAGCCUGUGGUUCUUGUCCUGGACCCCAUGGUCUGUGAGGAGAGGGAUGCAGGGUGGAGCCUUCAAGAAGCCAGGGCAGGAGGAGAAUCUGUGGCCAGUGUGGACAGACAGCCUCAGGUGUGCCUUCUGGAUAACAUCUCUUUGAAUGCCACGGCCACCUCAUGAGGUGGUCAUCAUGCCCCACCCCACUGUACAGAUGAGAAAACUGAGGCACAGGGAGGGGAAUGAAGUUGUUGCCAGGGUCUUGUGGUGAGAAGGUGGCCCAGUGGGGAUCUUCUUUUUCUAAUAACCUGGGACUAGCUGAAACAGCUUAAGAAGUUCCCUCCUGGCUGGUGUUCCUGGGUGGCACAAAGGGUUUGCUCUUGGCUAAUAACUUAAAAGGUUGGUGGUUCCAACCCACCCGGUGGUGCCAUGGAAGAAAGGCCUGGCAAUCCGAUUCCAUAAAGAUUACAGCCUAGAAAACCCUAUGGAGCAGUUCUACCCUGACACACAUGGGAUUGUCAUGAAUUGGAAUUGACUCCACGGUGAUGGGUUUGGUUUUUGGUUUUUCCUAGAAACCCUGGUGGCGUAGAGGUUAAGUGCUACGGCUGCUAACCAAAGGGUUGGCAGUUCAAAUCCACCAGGCGCUCCCUGGAAUCUCUAUGGGGCAGUUCUACUCUGUCCUAUAGGGUCACUAUGAGUUGGAAUCGACUUGAUGGCACUGAGUUUUUUUUUUGUUUUUUUUUUUAGCAGUCGUUCCCCAUUCGCUCUUCCUCCUGGCAACCACUAAUCUGCCUUCUUGCCUGUUCUGGACAUUUCGCAUAAAUGGAAUCACAAUACGUGGUCUUCUGUGUCUGACUUCUUUCACUCAGCAUGUUUUUGAGGUUCAUCCACACUGUAACAUGCAUCGAUGAUGCUUCAUUCCUUUUUAUGGCUUAAUGUUACUCCAUUGUAUGGUUACACAACCUGUUUGUUUUAUUGUGGUAAAAAUACAUAUAACGACAUUUGCCAGCGUGACAUUUCUGUAUGUGCAUUCCGUGCCAUUACAUUCAUCGUGUCGCGCCACCAUCAGCACUCUCCGUUCCCAAACUCUUCCACCACCAUUACUAACAGAACUCAGUGCCCCUGAGCAAUGACUCCUCCUCUCCCCGCCCCUAGUAACCGCUAAUAAGUUUUGGUCUCUAUACAUUUGCCUAUUUUACAUGUCACAUGGAGCCCUGGUGGCAUCAUGGUUAAGAGCUCAGUUGCUAACCAAAAGGUUGGCAGUUCAAAUCCACCAGCUGCUCCUUGGAAACCCGAUGGGGCAGUUCUACUCUGUCCUGUAGGGUUGCUAUGAGUCAACCAACUCGACAGCACCUAACAACAGCAACGUGUCAUAAAUGGGACCAUACAAUAUUAGUCCUUUUGUGGAUGCGCCACAUUUUAUCCACUCACCAGCUGAUGAGCACUUGAGUUGUUUCCACCUUUUGGUUAUUAAAAAUAAUGCGUCUGUGGACGUACAUGUACAAGUUUGUGUGUGUGCAUGUUUUCAGUUCUUUUGGGUAUACACGUAGGAGUGGAAUUGCUGGGUCAUACUGUAAUUUCUGUGCUUAACCUCUUGAAGAAGUGCCAAAUGUUUUCCAAAACAGUGAUACCAUUUUGCAUCUCCACCAGUAAUGGGUAAGGUUCCGAUUUCUCCAACAUCCUGUCAACACUUACAGUCUUUUUUAUUAUAGCCGUUCUGUUAUGUGCCUUUGAGUCAACGCUAACUCACAGUGACCCUAUAUGACAGAGUAAACUGCCCCAUAGGGUUUCCUAGUCUGUAAUUUUUACAGGAGUAGACCACGAGAUCUUUUCUCCCUCAGAGCCGUGGGUGGGUUCCAACCACCAACCUUUCUGUUAGCAGCUGAGCGCUUAACCAUUGCGCCACUAGGGCUCCUUAUAGUCGCAAGUAUAGCCAUCCUAGUGCGUGUAAAGUGGCGUCUCAUUGUGGUUGGACUUGCAUUACUUUGAUGGCUAAUGAUGUCGAGCAUCUUUUCAUGUACUUAUUGGUCAUUUGUACAUCUUGUUUGGAGAAAUGUCCAUCUAGAUCCUUUGCCCAUAUUU